AUGUCUAAUUCAUCCACUCCGUCAACUGAAAUUUUCGCCUCUUUAUAUGACUUCUUAAAAACCGCAUCUUCUGAUAAAAUUACUAUUUCCAACAUAAUUACACAGCAGUGGAAUUGCUUCAAAGUUCAAACAGAAGAAGAUGAUCUUGAAUGCUUCAAAAAAAUUCUAAAAGAAACGGUCAGUCAAAUUAAUAAUGGAGAACGUAGGCAACAUCUUAAAAAAUUCUUGCAAAAUAGUGAUCAGGUACUAUUUAUUAGAAACGAGUUAGUAUCAUUGAAAAAUAUGGGGUUCUUACGGGGGAAAUUCCAAGAAGAGGUAGAUUGGAAAGCUUUAGCACUAAACAGUAUAUCGCUUUUGAAAGAUAAAAUCGAGGAGGAAGAAUCACCGGCACAUGAACAUAUAUUCACAAGAAUAAGCAAUAUAGAUGUAGAUAAACUAUCAAAAGAUGACCCAUUAUGCAUUGGAAUUAUUGAUCUUAGUUCGAAUAAAUAUAAUAUUUCAGAAAGUAAUUUCAAAUCCCUCGUUGGAGAGAAGACUGAGAUAAGAAAUCUAAAUAAAGAUAUUGCAGUGAAGAAAGUUUGUUACGAGUUUAUAUCAAGAAGAAAUGAGGUUCAAAAUUCGCGGAAAUUUGUGUUGGCUUCAAGAGAAAUUGUGACACAUGAUCAAUGGGUUGAAGCUGAUCAUGUUAGGGGACUCGUAGCAAAUGGAAUUACUAAUGCUCUUUUACAGGAAAUUAAGCUGAAUGCGCUUCGAAGAGUUUCCGAGGGUUCAGAAAAUACAUUGGUGGAGAUCAUCUCUCGUCUAUUAGAUAUGACUAUGUAUCACUUGCCCGUGGAUUUUGAAGUUGAAGUUACCAGGUCUGAACGGCAAAGUAUAGCCAGUAAGAACUGGAAGAUUCAUCAAAAAACCGGAUCGAGAGGCAAUAAACCUGAUAUUAUGAUUCGUGCUUAUCUUCGCCAGAAAUGGGAAGAAAUUAUAUUCUUUGAAGGCGGGAAAUGGGGUGCUGGCGAAGAUAAGAUGGUUCACGAUCAUAAUAAAUUAACACAAUUCUGUAUAGCUGGAUCCAAAGAGCUUGUAAAGAAGUGUUCGAAAGAAAACUUUUAUAAAAAUUAUAUAGGAUUUGCUGUUAAUAUCGCGGCGAAAAUACCGUUGGACAAAGAAACGGUUGAAGAAGUAGAAGAGUUCGUCCAUGCUUUAUUAAUUUUGCGG